UAUCUCUGUCGCCUCAGAAAAACCUUCACAACUUCGUCUCCAGCUGGAUCUGUACAAAAUCGCGUAAAAUUUCACGACUCUAUUUUUUUAAUAAGAUCAUUUGGCUUAGAAACUGAAGGUCGUAAAAGCGAAGACUGGCACUCCUCAAAGUCACGACGGACAACUCGGAACCCGUUGCGGGACAAAAGUCCCCUUAUCGGGGCGGCGUCAGCCCUGGACAAGCCGAGCCGCUGCUCAUUGGCCCAAUGGUCCUCAUGAUAGACGUCGUCCCAGCCCAAUGGCUUCCUGCACUGGAGGCGGGUCUCACAAGGAGGCCUAUAGGACCCUGCGUCGGCUCCACCAAUAGGGUCAAAGCAGGGGGCGUGGCGGGAGGUUUGAAACUCGGCGUCGGGAGUUGAGGCUCGAGCUGCUGUGCACCCAAGAGAGGAAUCGGGGCCUGGCGUCCCCCCCUCGCCCCGGGCCGGGCUCUGCCCCACCUUAUUCUCCCUGGUUGAGAUGGGCUCAGCCAAGAGCUUCCCAGUCACUCCGGCGCGGCCUCCGCCGCACAACAAGCUUCUGGCCCGAGUGGCGGACCCCCGUUCACCUAGUGCCGGCAUCCUGCGCACUCCCAUCCAGGUGGAGAGCUCUCCACAGCCAAACGUACCAGCAGGGGAGCCGCUGGAGGGUCCCAAUCAGGCCCAAGACUCAGAUCCCCGCUCUCCUACCCUUGGCAUUGCACGGACACCUAUGAAGACCAGCAGCGGAGAACCCCCAAGCCCACUGGUGAAACAGCUGAGUGAAGUAUUUGAGACCGAAGCCCCCAGAUCGAAUCUGCCCCCAGAGCCUGUUCUGCCCUUAGAGGCAACUUCAUCUUCUGAAUUGGACUUGCCUCUGGGCACCCAGUUUUCCCUUGAAGACCAGAUGCCACCCUGGAGGCAGACUGAGCUCCCCUCCAAGCAGGUGUUCUCCAAGGAGGAAGCAGGACAACCCUCAGAAACCCCCAUGGCCAGCCAGGGCUCGGACAAGCCCUUGAGAGACCCUGAGACUCCCCGAUCUUCAGGUUCUAAGCACAAUAGACGGAAAGCAAAUGGCAAGGUACUAGGGAGAUCUCCCCUCGCAAUCCUACAGGAUGACAACUCCCCUGGAACUCUGACACCACGACAGGGUAAGCGGCCUUCUCCCCUGAGUGACAAUGCUAGGGAGCUAAAGGAAGGGGCCGUUCUGGGAACUGGACGACUUCUGAAAACUGGAGGCCGAGUGUGGGAGCAGGGCCAGGAUCAGGACAAGGAAAAUCAGCACUUUCCAAACUUGGUGGAGAACUAGGCCGAGUAUGGCCCCAGCACUGGCUUCACCCGGGGCCUAGUGAUGUUGCGUCCCCUCAACCCCAUCUUUCCCUGGGAGACUGGAAAGGCUUGUUGUCUUCAACGCCCCUCUAAACUCCCAGCUCGGGGACUGAGCGCUUUCUUGGGCUGUCUUUGUGUCUCAUGUGUUUCUUGUAUAUUAAAGAACAUGGUUUUAAA